AUGUUGCUUUAUCUCGUCCGACACGGUAAAACUGAUUUUAACAAUGAUGGGUUGGUACAGGGUCAACUUGACGUACCUCUGAAUGAAGAAGGACGUGGUCAGGCUAAACGUUUAGCUGAAAGUUUAAGGAUGGUACCUGUUCGUGAGAUCUGGACUUCGGAUCUCAAACGUGCUGAAGAGACUGCAAGAGCCGUGUGGGAGUUUCAUCCGAGAGCAAGUUUGAAUUUCGAUCCUCGUCUUAGAGGAAGGUCUUACGGAGCUUUACAAGGACGUAAGUGGGAAGACAGGGACAAUAUCCCUCAUCUCUCUGAGAGUGAGGAACAAAUCGACGCCCGUUUACAUUUCUGGCUCUCAACAUUGGUACAGACCAAAACCCCUCUAACAUCUCCUCUAAGUACCCCUCGUACUCCAUUAUCGCCUAACGAUCCAGGGGCCGGAGUGAUUAUUGCAGUAACUCACGAAGAAUGUCUUCUUUCUCUUCUUCGCAUUCUUUGUCGUGGACAAGCGCGCAAUAUCAAUAACAGUCUCACUAUCCACCCUGACAAUAUAGAUAACUCGUUGAUGGAGACUGUUGAGAAAGCCGAUAAGAUGGAGAAGAAUGAAAGUCCACCUGAGAGUCCUAUCGAAGUUCUCAUUCCUCCCGGAGUUGACACUUCUUUGAAAUGUGGAAAUACAGCUGUAGCUAUCGUACGUGUUUGGUGGACUGAUAAUGGUCAAGGGACUAUGAUUCCUCAAGGUAGAUUAGAAGCUUGGGGAGCGGAUGAACAUUUACCUAAAGAAGAUGAUGAGAGGGGAUAUUUUGAUCAAGGGCAUUAUGUGGAGGAUGAGUGA